GCCAAACUCUUCUUCGACAUCAUCGAGAACAUUCAUCGUGACGCGGUGAAGUUACCACUACUGCAGAGCUGUUUGGUGGAGAACCGUUACGAUGACUUGCCUGAUUUCCUGCGCCCAAAGAAACCAUUGCCGGUGCCAUACAAAAUGCAGAUCGCCAUCAAGUACACCUCGGCCGCACACUGCACUGUAUUGAAGUACUACCACUGUACGGCGAAGAUGAGUCUGUCAACUCUGGACGAUUACAUUGUUGGCAAAGCUUACUUGGUAGACUUAGCUCCGAGCUACAAGGUUGGACCCAUCGCUAUACAAUACAUCCUGACUCGCAUCUCGAACUGGUUUGCUUCAUGUUGGCGACUGGAACCAAAAGCCAAAGAACACAAAGAGAAGAAGCCGGCGAAUGCCCUCCAGGCGGGCUUUGACUUCAUUCGCAACGAGGGACCAAGAACUAAUAUAGGGAAUCGUCAAGUUGAAUGGGCCGAGAUAGAGGUGAAUCGUACCGAUGGACCUCUGUCAGGAUGGAGUGCAGGCCUCGUCAAGGAAUGUCUUCGCAACCAUUCCAACUCUCAGGUGUAUUCCAAGCCCCAAACUGACUUCUACCUCACCUUGUACGACAUUGCCGGGUGGUUCUUGGAUGACGUCCUGGUGAACAUACUUGGUGACUUACAAAACAAGACUUUGGUCAUGAUGGGUUUCGCUGAGAAAGGUAAGACGCCGGUAGCUCAGGCUAUCGCCAUGGCCAUGAGCGAGUACCAUAUCCUUCGCAACUCCAAGGAGAAAGACAUGCAGCCUUCCUUUCGACUAUGUGCAUCUCUUGACCAACUUAGAGGAGACUCUGGGUGUGUGGAGCGCCCAGAUAUAUUGGACGACCCUGACACUACCACGCUUCCAGUGUCGAAGUUGAAGUCCUUCCUAGACUCAACACUGGCCGAGGUACACACUGUGGAGAGAUGGACUACAGCUCGGUUUGUUCGGAAUCAAUUACGCAUCAUAUGUGACAACAGGGUAAACGAGGAUGCGGAACCAAAGAAGGGCACUGGGUAUGUCAGCUUGAAAACCUUUAUGGACAUGAUCCAGCCGGCGUUCCCCGAGAAAGCCUCCAAGCAGGAUAUCAUGGCUUGCCUCAAAAGGUCUCACUGGGUGGUCAACCUACGACACGGCGUGUACUUACGUCCAGCAGGUACUUCCCACGACGAUGUGAUGUGCGUUUCCUACACAGAUGGCGUGGAUGAUUUCAUCAGUCCAGAGGGCAAGAAGGUCAUGGCCCUCAUGAAGGACGGAUGUAAGACUCCACCUUCGGAUUGGAUCACCAAGCGGCAAUGGAGCCACGACCUCCUCAGCAUGCUCAUCGAACAUCGCAGGAAGCCUCCUCGUACAACAGUCAUACUGGCCAAGUCUCCUUUCACAGGCGAAACCACUCGUCGCGAGGUAAAGCCCUCCCUCACCUUCUCGGGUCGCAUAUGCCCAGAUUUCCUUGGGGAAUCACAUGCAGAGGAGUCGUUGGGUAAUGACGAAUACAAAUCUACUGACACGGCACCGACAGAACUGGUGAAAGUGAAGGAGGAGGUCGAGAGCGCAAAAUCCUUCCCAGGCUUGCUUGCAGGAUCCAUGCCGGGUGUCAUUGACUUGGACUCGCCUAGCCCUACCCCAACCAAGCGCAGGAAGACAAGCGUGAGUGAGAUGGAUGUAGUCUCAGCUGACGACUAUUUUCCACAGGAUGUGCACUGUGAUGCGAUUCUCGUUGGGUCUGAAUCCAUCAGCGACAUUGACUCCAUCUUGAAGAUAUGCAACAGAUGCCGUACAAAUGUGAGGCACAACAUGAUGUUCCUGAGGGGUGAGAAGAUCAAUACCAUGACCUACAACGAAAUGGCAAGCUCGGGCGUCCUCUUCGUCAAUUCCAAGACUGCUUUCGCAAUGGAUUACCUUCACCUGACCUAUCUCAGGCUUCUCAGGGGUAGGCUUGCUCCAGGACAAGAGGCAAGUGUGCUGGAAUUGUACCAUCAGGGUGACAGCCGACUCCUUCACAAGCAGAACAUUAGAGAUUAUCUCCUACAUGCUCUCGAAGCUUUCGCAUUGGCAAAGCGAACUCCCGACGAAGUCGUUCAGUUCAAUCUCGCAUACCCUGCUAAACACCUUGGUGGACUUCACAAAGACUUCUUAUUCCCACCUCCGCGACCAGUCAAGGCUCUUGCGUUUGACGGACACUUCGGUAUCCACAGAGCUUUGGUGCCCGGCGUUGACCCGAAGAGAACUAUUAUGAAGGCAGGCAAUCCACGCAAGUUUCUCAAAGAACAUGAGCGCUCAUGUUCAUGCCGUCGAAAGGACUGCAAACGACUCGCUCUUCCCCAACGUACUGGAGGUUGGCAGUUUGUACUUGAUCCUGACAGCCGCCGGAUCCUGGGAGCCACUGAACACUUAGUGAACGAAAACAUGGACGACAAGGUCAAGGUUCUCACAAAUGUCAUGAAAAUGAACAACGUUGAUGUCGAUUUGUUCAUACACGACGACGUCUGCCACUUCGAGUCCUACAUCAAAAAGAGGCGAUACUCGCAGUUUGACUCCGUGAAAUACUACAUCGUUGACGUUUUUCAU